UUGUGGCACACACUCUCAGCGCUGAACACACCACACAGCCUGUCGAAGACGAACGAACACUUCAACCUUCUCUUUCACUUCUUCCGACCCCAUUCCCAUUACUCCCAACUACAUUCAAUUACGUACUCCUUCUCUUUCCAUUUUUCACUUUCCCUCCUUCUUCUAAUCUUCUUCCAAUUUUGAUUCUGGAAACCUCAGUCUAUUACGCGCUUAUCAAAUUAGUUUCCGACUUUGAUUAUAUAGUCCAGAUCGUGAUCCGACGGAGAUUCUUGAUUCCGCAACGAAGCGGAAUCUCUUUUGUUUCGAUUUUUAGGUGAGAAAAUUGGGUGUGUGUGAAGUGUGAAGUCUGAUUCCAAUUUCAUAGCAAAAUGGGGGUUAUGUCUAGGCGGGUUGUGCCUGCUUGUGGUAAUCUAUGUUGUGUUGUUUGUCCUGCUAUGAGGGCGAGCUCGAGGCAACCUGUGAAACGAUACAAGAAGUUGCUAGCUGAUAUUUUCCCGCGGAAUCAGGAGGCUGAGCUUAAUGAUAGAAAAAUUGGAAAGUUAUGCGAGUAUGCUUCUAAGAAUCCAUUAAGAAUUCCUAAGAUAACUGAGAAUUUGGAGCAAAGAUGUUAUAAGGAUUUGCGUAAUGAAAUGUUUGGUUCAGUUAAAGUUGUCUUGUGCAUAUACAGGAAAUUCUUAUCGUCAUGUAAGGAGCAGAUGCCACUAUAUGCCAGUAGUUUAUUAGCAAUAAUUCGGACUCUUCUGGAACAGUCUCGAACAGAUGAAAUCAGGAUAUUAGGCUGCAACACUCUUGUUGAUUUUAUAGAAUGCCAGACAGAUGGUACGUACGUGUUCAACUUAGAGGGUUUUAUUCUUAAACUAUGCCAAUUGGCUCAAGAAGUGGGCGAAGAUGAACGAGCUCUGCAUCUACGUUCAGCAGGACUACAAGCUCUAUCCUAUAUGGUGCGUUUCAUGGGUGAGCACUCACAUCUUUCCAUGGAUUUCGAUGAUAUUAUAUCAGUGACUUUGGAGAAUUACAUGAAUCAUCAAUCUAACUCCAACAAUGUCAAGGAAGAUAACCUGAAUUCAGUGUUCCUGGACUCAAUGCUGUAUGUUCUAUUUUACUCUUCUUUCUCCACCCUUGAUCAUGGUUCCAGCAUUCAUGAAUCCAAACAUCCGUUGUGCGUUCACUUCUUUUACAGGGACACUGCAAGAGAUCCUACGUAUUGGUCAAAGGUUUGCUUGUAUAAUAUGGUCAAAGUGGCGAGGGAGGCUACAACUUUGCGGCGUUUCCUUGAACCUGUCUUUCAUAACUUUGAUAUCGAAAACCAAUGGCCCUCUGAAAACGGCACUGCAUCUUCUGUUUUGAUGUAUUUACAAUCGCUAUUAGAAGAAUCAGGAGACAACUCCCAUCUUCUCUUGUCCAUUUUGGUUAAACACUUGGAUCAUAAGAAUGUUGCCAAGCAGCCUAUCGUUAAGACGAAUAUUGUUAACACCAUAACACAGCUUGCACAGAAUAUGAAGCAACACGCUUCUGUGGCAACAAUCGGCGCAAUAUCUGACCUCGUUAAACAUUUAAGGAGGUGCCUACAAAAUUCAGCUGAAGCUUCCUGCAUUGGAAAUGAUGGGUAUAAGUUGAAUGCUGAACUCCAAUCGGCCCUAGAAAUGUGUAUAUUACAACUUUCUAAAAAGGUUGGGGAUGUAGGACCUAUUCUUGAUUUGUUAGCUGUGGUGUUAGAGAAUAUCUCAAAUAAUACCAUUAUAGCAAGGACAACUAUCUCUGCUGUUUAUCAAACUGCAAAAUUAAUCACAUCCAUUCCUAAUGUAUCAUAUCACAAGAAGGCCUUCCCUGAUGCCUUGUUUCAUCAAUUGCUCCUAGCGAUGGCUCACCCUGAUCAUGAAACACGAAUUGGGGCACAUAGCGUCUUCUCUAUAGUACUUAUGCCAUCUGUGUUUUCUUCCCAACUAGACCAGAAAAAGAAGAUAGUUCACAUUCACAAGGUUUCAAGGGAAGGUUUCUCCAUUCAGCAUGACGGCUUUUCGGGAGAAGAACACGUGAAUGGAAAACCUGCGGAAGGAAAUACAGUAGCAGGUUUCAGUGGGAAAUUUGUAGUUCAUCCGCAUUGUGAUUACAGCUUUUCUAGUGCUCUAACCAAUGGAAAAGAUGAGCUUAGUUCUUUCCGAUUAAGCAGCCACCAAGUGAGUCUCUUGCUUUCUUUAAUCUGGGUUCAGGCAACAUCUGCAGAAAAUGGCCCUGCAAAUUUUGAGGCAAUGGCUCACACUUAUAGCAUUGUUUUAUUGUUCACUCGUUCUAAGACAUCUGGUCACAUGGCUCUAGUAAGAUGUUUCCAACUGGCAUUCUCACUCAGGAGCAUCUCUUUGGAUACUGAAGGAGGUUUACAACCAUCUCGCAGGAGGUCUCUUUUUACCUUGGCAUCAUACAUGCUUAUAUUUUCUGCAAGGGCUGGAAGCUUCCCUGAACUAAUUCCAAAAGUUAAAGCAUCCCUGACAGAGACUACAGUAGAUCCUUUUCUUGAAUUGGUCGAUGAUGUCAGGCUGCAAGCUAUGUAUAUAGAACCCGGGAAGGUAGUUUAUGGAUCUCUGGAAGAUGACAUUGCGGCUGGGAAGUCGCUAUCAGCAUUGCAAUUGGAUGACAAACAGUUGAAAGAGACCGUAAAAUCAUACUUUCUGACCAAAUAUUCAAAAUUACCAGAGGAUGAGUUAUCAAGCAUAAAGGAGCAACUUCUACAGGGGUUUUCCCCUGAUGAUGCAUAUCCAUUGGGACCACCGUUGUUUAUGGAGACACCACGGCCAUGCUCUCCACUUGCUCAGAUUGAAUUUCCAGAUUUUAAUGAGAUUGUGGCUCCAGUAACUCUGGCCGAUGAAGAGAUUGGCCCUGAACGAGGUGGAAGUCAGUCAGAUCGCAUGUCAUCGUUAUCUAUCCAUAACCCUGACAUCCUAAGUGUUAAUCAACUUUUAGAAUCGGUUUUGGAAACUGCACGGCAAGUGGCAAGUGUCCCCAUCUCUUCAGCUCCAGUACCUUAUGACCAAAUGAAGAACCAGUGUGAGGCACUUGUUACAGGGAAACAACAGAAGAUGUCAGUUCUUCAAAGUUUCAAACACCAGCAAGAGACUAGAGCGCUUGUUCUUUCAAGUGAUUAUGAAACAAAAGUUCCCGCUCUGUCAAAUAAGACACUGGAGUAUUCUGAUGUUGAUCUGAAGUUAGCGAGUCUGGAGCAAUUUCAACCGCGGUAUCAAGUUCGCCCUUGUUCAUAUGAUUCUCUGAGGCUACCACCAUCUAGCCCAUAUGACAAGUUCUUGAAAGCUGCUGGAUGUUAAUAAUGGAAGUAGGUUGGAGAUAGAUUUUGUAUGUGUAAACUAUAUUAUAUAGAGGUGAGCAACAUUCUUUGUUUGUUUUGUUGCUUUUCUCUUCCCUAAUCAGUUGUCAAUUUUUCAUGCAAUUUGUUGAUGGUAAACUAAGGUGUUUCUUGAUUGUAUAGCUUAGAUGCUUUCUUUGUUUUCUUUAAUCUUCCAUGUAUCAUUUUGUCAGGAAUUUUCCAUAUUAUUUGUCAAUAUAUAAAUUGGUUCAUUUUGUAUUAA